AAAAAAAUAGAGGUUUUGCUUUUGUGGAAUAUGUAGAAGUCGAUGAUGCAAAACAUGCACUGUACAAUAUGAAUAAUUUUGAAUUGAAUGGAAAAAGGAUUCAUGUGAAUUAUUCAAAGACCAAAAAAGCUGAUCAUUAUAAGCCAAUUUGGAUUGACGAAAUGUAUAAUCAAGAAAAGAUGAAGGAUCUAGAAGAGGAAAAUUUAAAUGAUGAUACUUUAAAAGGGGAAAACUGA